GAGAGGUUUCAAGUGAAGAAUCCACCGUCUGCAUAUUUGGAGAAGCUGAAGAGUUAUCUGGAUCAUGGAGGAGUCAGUCGAAAGUUUAAGAGACGUGUCCAAGAGUCCACUCAGAUCCUGAGAGAGCUGGAGAUUUCCCUGAGGACCAAUCACAUUGGCUGGGCUCAGGAGUUCCUCAACGAGGAAAACCAAGGCCUAGAUGUUCUUGUGGAUUAUCUGUCCUUCGCUCAUAGCGCUGUCACGUACGACACAGACACUCUGGACAACGGCCCGCUGCCCACAGACAAAAGCAAAACUAUGGACAAGUCAGCGGAAGAUCUGAGCAGAAGUGCCAGCAACUCCCCCUCUCACAGCGCCUCCAAGGCCGGCAAGGCCUUCACAGUCAG